AUGGUUUCCUCAAUUGAAUGUUUAAUGGAUAAGUUUUGGCRAGUUGAGGAACCAGAAGCUGCCCCUGAAACCUUCACAACUGACGGACGGUGUGAAACGAUUUUUCGUGAUAAUUUUUCACGUGAUGAAUCCGGACGUUUUGUAGUGCCUCUGUUGUUCCGCCAGUCGGUUGCGGACAACACAUUUUCCGGGUCACGCGCUGUCGCUCUCAAACGUUUUGAGUCUCUCGAGCGAAAGCUUACGUCGGACAGCCGGCUUCGUGAAGCAUAUUGUCAUUUUAUGGACGAAUACUUGUCUUUAGGACACAUGUCUACCGCUCCCUCUGAAGGUUCAUAUUUUAUACCUCACCACGCCGUAUUCAAGUCUUCCGACCCACAAGCAAAAAUUCGUGUCGUAUUCGACGCAUCCGCCCAGUCGUUUUCWAGCACCUCUUUAAAUCAAUGUUUAUUCGCAGGCCCGAAACUACAGCGAGACGUUAUUGAUGUGCUCCUGCUGUUCCGUCUACCGCGUCAUGCCUUUACCGCGGACAUUAAUAAAAUGUACCGACAGAUUCUGUUGAAUCCCGAACAUCGUUGUUAUCAGCACAUUUUGUGGCGUGCAUCCCCGCAGGAUGAACUCAAGGCUUACGAAUUAAAUACUGUAACCUACGGGGUGAAUUGUGCCCCUUUCUUGGCUAUACGGGUACUUAGACACAUCGCCGAAUCCGAUUGUGUGGAUCUUCCUGCUGUCCGUGACGCAUUGAUGUUUAGCACGUACGUCGACGAUAUCUGUGUGGGUGGAGACACUGUGGAGGAAGCAGUCGCACUUCAAACUGGUUUAAUAAACGUUCUACAACGGGCAGGAAUGACAUUAAAAAAGUGGUCGAGCAAUACCCUCGCGAUCUUAGAUAAAGUGCCACCAGAAGAUAGAGCCUGCGGGUUGUUGUCGUUUGAUGAUGAUGCUAAUAGUGGUUCAAAGGUCUUAGGCAUUCAGUGGUCACAACGGGAUGACACGUUUUCGUACAUUGUUCAGUCAGAACGAYUAAUUACAACUAAGCGGGGCAUGUUGUCCUUGAUUGCCCGUAUAUUCGACCCGCUUGGUCUGUUAGCUCCAGUGAUAUUCUUUGCAAAGCACUUGAUGCAGCGCGUGUGGCAACUAGGUAUUUCAUGGGACGAUCCGUUGCCCGCCGAUAUAGUUGACAUUUGGGACAAAUUCGUGGCGGAUCUUCCGGUUUUGCAGCAAGUAUCUAUUCCCCGUUUCGUCGGUACCCAACUUGACGUCCAGUGUCAUUUGUGCGGUUUCUGUGACGCGUCCGAAAGGGGAUAUUCCGCUGUCGUAUAUUUGAGAUUAUUUAAUCACUCCGGACCGCCGGUCAUUUCAUUGUUAGGUGCCAAGACCAAAAUGGCYCCUAUUAAGGCGUCGACGAUUCCACGUUUGGAACUCUGUGCGGCCGUGUUACUAGCUCGAUGGAUGGUUCGAGUUCAAACCACAUUGAAUCUUAAAGUUCGGAUUGUAAAAAUGUACGCGUGGUCAGAUUCAACUACYGUUUUAAGUUGGCUGAAGGUACCACAUGAAAAAUUCAAGGUUUUUGUCUCAAACCGCAUACACAAGGUGAAAACGUUGAUACCAGAUUGCCAUUGGGGUUAUAUAUCGUCAGCCAAAAACCCUGCAGAUUGCGCGUCGCGAGGGGUUUUUCCUACGGAAUUGUUCAAUCACAAGUUGUACUGGGAUGGACCUGAAAUUCUGUACCAAGAUGUUCUCGAUGUGCCGACGUUAAGUUCAGACAUCAAUGUCGAAAUGUUACCAGAAUUGAAAUCUCAAUUGCCAGUGAC